AUGGUCUUUUAGGACUUGAAAUACAUUAAGACAAUGACCUCAUCCAGAAAUGCUUCCCAUACUGUGAGUCAAUUCAUCCUCUUAGGCUUCCCUUGCCGCAGAGAAAUACAGAUCUUCCUUUUCUCCAUAUUCUUUAUGAUUUACAUUUUGACUUUGCUUGGAAAUAUGGCAAUUGUAUAUGCAGUAUUCUGGGAUCAUCGGCUUCAUACACCCAUGUACAUUCUGCUGGCCAACUUCUCCUUCCUAGAGAUAUGCUAUGUCAACUCUGAUGUGCCAAACAUGCUGGUCAACUUCCUCUCCACGACCAAAACCAUCUCCUUCACUCGAUGCCUACUCCAGUUGUACUUCUUCUUCUCCCUGGGCACAACUGAAUGUCUAUUUCUCUCCAUCAUGGCCUAUGACAGGUUCCUGGCAAUCUGCCGCCCACUGCACUACCCCACUGUCAUGACCACUAUGUUCUGUGGCAACCUUGUCAUAUUUUGCUGGGUCUAUGGGUUCCUCUGGUUUCUUAUCCCAGUGAUACUCAUUACUCAGCUGCCAUUUUGUGGACCAAAUGUGAUAGAUGACUUUCUUUGUGACCUUGGUCCCUUGCUGGCCCUAGCUUCAGUCUGUGUCCCAAUCCCAGGCACUGUUCUCAUCUGUGGCACUAUGAGUUCCCUCCUCAUCUUUGGCACAUUUUUUUAUAUUAUUGGUUCAUAUACCUUAGUGCUGAGGGCUGUGAUACGGAUGCCCUCUUCUGCUGGGUCAAAGAAGGCAUUCUCCACCUGUUCAUCACACCUAGCUGUUGUAUUUCUAUUUUAUGGUUCAGUCAUGAUAACAUAUGUAAGCCCAGGAUCAGGACAAGCAAAGGGCAUGCAGAAGUUCACAACUUUAUUCUAUUCAGUUAUGACUCCUUUCUUCAACCCCAUGAUCUAUAGCCUCCGAAAUAAAGAAAUGAAAGAUGCCUUAAAAAAGGUUGUAGGAGGUUCUUAG